AUGGCUACCGGACAACAAACCAUUGGGGAGCUGCCCUUUCGGAGUGUCUGGCCAUGGUCAUCGGACACGACUCCCGGCUAUGAAAUCACCUAUUUGCUGCUUUCGUAUUCGAGUUGGCUGACAUCCACCGCAAAUCCCGGCAUCGAUUGCACCUUUAUGGGCAUUUGUUUUCACAUUUCGGCCGAAUUUACGAGCAUCAAAACACGUCUCGCUGGCUUAGCGGCAAAAAUUGACAAGCUUGCGCCAGAUUGGCACGUGUUGCAUGCGGAAGACAACGAAAAAGUGUAUGCAGAGCUACGGGAAACGGUUGAUAAGCACAAUGCCACAAUUGAAUUGUGUGAAACCUCACAGACGUUGGCACAAGAAAUGAUUCUCAUUCAUUUCAUCACAUCUGCCAUGGUGAUUUGUAUGAAUGGUGUCAACCUCAUUAUCGCACGCGGCGCGGCAAAGGCAAUUUAUGUGUGUUACAUCAUGACGGCGCUCAUUCAGGCGUUUGUCUUUUGCUAUGGCGGUGAUUCGUUGGAGGAAUCGAGCACGCAACUCAACACCGAGCUCUACAAUUUAUCGUGGCACAAGCUAAACGCGAACGGCAGACGUGCCAUUGCAAUGAUGAUUCAACGUACGAACAAAACGAUCAGCAUCGCCGUGCCUUUCUUUCGUGUUUCGAUGCCAACUUUUGCUAAUAUAAUUCAAGCAUCCGGCUCCUAUGUCACUCUUUUGAACACAUUUUUGGAAUAAAAUCACUCACCGCCCAUGCAGCCACUAA